AUGUCAACAAUGUCUUUCAACUGGGGUGAUCCAGACGCCGAUCUCCCAUCAGACUCGGAAGCGACUGAAGAAGACCUCCUCGACAACCCCGUGCUCAAAGUAUCGCGCCCAGUCACAGCCUGUACAAGAUGCCGGAGUGCCAAGAUCAAGUGUGACGGAAAGCUUCCGGCCUGUACCUCAUGCGUCAAGUUCGGUCGUGAAUCCGAAUGCAUGCCCAUCAGCGAACGCUUCAUCCGAGGAAGAGAACCAAACUACGUGAGAGCUCUCGAAGCUCGGGUCGAAAAGCUGGAGAAACAGCUCCAUUACGCUCGGUCGCAGAUGUCCUCACAGAGCCAGCCUGGUCCUGGUCCUGGUCCUGGUCCUGGUCCCGAUCCCGCCACUGCUCCCGGCCCCUUGGACCCUGGGAACGACGACGAUUGGGGUCCAGACCGCCGGGACUCUCUUGAUAAUAUCAGGGUCAACGUUGCGCAGAGGGCGGCACGCCUACAUGGAGAUGAAGAGAUAGAACAGGUUAUUGCCUCGCUAAGUUCAGAAGACCACGAAAAGACUCGCCUGUCUCUCGCCACCAUCAUCCUGGCUGCUUCCACCAACAAGUUCGUGCCACAGUCCCGGUCUGUCGGACUACCGCCUUAUGACAAGGCCAGUAAGAUAGUCGACUUUUAUAUGAGCAGCGUCCACCAGCUUUACCCGGCCUUCUCGCGUCGCAUCUUCAAUGGCCUGCUCGAGGACAUCUAUUCAACAAGUCAAAGGCAGUUCACUCCAGCAGAUUACUGGCUCUUUUGGAUGGUUCUUGCUAUUGGCUCCACAGCCCAGAGCCGACAGAAGGAUGACAGCCCUUACCUAGAUGGACUCGACUAUCUUGCCUGUGCCUUGCCUUUUGCCCAGGAAGUCCUUUCACCAGGCAACGUCAAGCAAAUCCAGUCACUUUUGCUCCUGACUCUUUACUCGACCUAUGACCCAGACCACUUCGACACAUGGCAGGUCCUGGGCUUCACUUGCCGUGCAAUUCUCGACCAAGGCCCAUUUGCAGACCCGCCUGAGCAUCACGGUAUGAGUCUGACCGAUGUCAAACUCCGUCGAAGGAUAUUUCGCAGCGCCUAUUCUCUAGACAGAGCCAUAUCCCUAGCCCACGCCCGCGCCUUCUCCUUCGCCGACGACGCCAUUCCCUCCGAAGUCCGCGACGCCCUCGCAGACAGCCCCAACAAGGACUCACCGACCACCGAAGCCUCGACCUACCUCUACCGCCUGCGCCGUCUCCAAUCGACCUGGUAUCAAUCCCUCUUCCAAGGCUCGCCCUCGCACCCUUUACCCGACUCGACUGCCUUCAUCUGGCGCAUGUGCCAUGACAUGCACACCUGGUUCUCCACCUUGCCCGUCUCCCUCAACGCUUCCAUCCGCCAAAUGCUCGAACUCGAAAUGUACUACAGCCAUGUCUUCUGCAUCUCGCCCGGCAUCCGGUCGCCGCGUCUCUCCACCUCCGGCGAGCUUUUGAUCUUCGAGUAUGCCAUCUCGUACAUCAGCGGCCUCUGCGGCCUAGCCGAUGCGCCGAUCAACACUGCGCUGUAUACCUUCCACGAUGUCCUGCGACUAUUCUUUGUCGGCACACAGCUCGCUGCCAUCCUUCGAUCCGAGGCCGCUGAUAUUCUGCUCUUUUCGCCACAUACCAUCUCGCACUCUGCGUCUCAGCAAGGCGGUGUCGCCCCGCCACCUCUGCCGAGGAAGAGGAUCUCGGACAUCAAUACUACCCUUCUCAACAUUGACCGGGCGAUAACUGCGCUGGGACAGAUCGGCAAGCUACUAGAAUGGUACGGUGCUCGGUGGGAGGAUGCGCUGUCGCUCGGAGAGACAUUCCAGAUGUAUUCUCAGGAUCUAAUGGAGACGCUUAGGGGGAAGAAACAGCAGAUGGGGCAGAGGCAGGUUCAACAAGGCCAGAUGCAAAGACAGGGACAAGGACAGCCACAGGGACAAGGACUAGUACGGGCACAAACUCAGGGACCGGGUGGAUGGGAGAACCACCAGGAGCAACAAUUCCAACAACAACAACAACAACGCAUCAUCAACAACAUCAACGACAACAGAACUCGGGACCACAGCAUCGGCCUCAACCACCGAUGCAACAACAGACUUGGCCGCCAGGCGGAUAUUCGUUGA